UACUUGGGUCAGCACGCGCCAUUGUUGCGAACGUCGCAGAGAUGCGAUAACUUGUUAAAAAUUUUGAUAUCUUAAGACGUUAUAUUGCUGCGGCGAAGGCCAGACGACAUAAAUUAGCACCUGGAUAAACAGUUUCGCAACUCAACAGAGAUGGCACAGCGGGUCUCUGUGAAUGAUGCAGCUGCUGGAUCCAAACGGACUUCUCGAGUUCGUGUGGCGGUUCGGUUGAGACCCUACCUGGACAAACAGGAUGAAAAAGGAGAAGGGCCCUGUGUCAGGGGCCUGGGGCCGCAGAAGCUGGAGAUAAUCAACUGGAGGAACGCCACCGAGACUCUUGAAUACCAGUUUGAUGUGUUUCAUGGUGAACAGACCACUCAGCAGGAAGUUUUUUUGACAUCAGUUAAACCCAUCCUCCCCCACAUCCUCAGUGGACAGAAUGCCAGUGUCUUUGCCUAUGGACCCACUGGAGCAGGAAAGACCCACACUAUGCUCGGCAGUCAAGAGCAGCCAGGGAUUAUUCCCAGAGCAGUCAGAGAGGUCUUCAAUCUGGUUGGAGCACAGGAAAAGGAGCAGGACGGAUGGGAAUACUUUGUUGCGAUGUCCUACUUGGAAAUUUACAAUGAAAAGGUGCUGGACCUGCUGUCCCCAAGUUCCCAGGACUUGCCCAUUCGGGAAGACAAGGACAGAAACAUCCUGAUUCCCGGGCUAACACACACACCCCUCUCAUCCUUCACUGACUUUGACACCCAUUUCAUCCCUGCGAGUCUGAACCGCACCACAGCCUCUACUAAACUCAACCAGCGCUCCAGCCGCAGUCACGCUAUCCUCCUCAUAAAGGUAGUGAAAUCUCAGCGUGGGCCACCGCACAGACAACAAACAGGAAAGCUGUAUCUGGUUGACCUCGCCGGUUCAGAGGACAAUCGGCGCACAGGAAACCAGGGCAUUCGUCUGAAAGAGAGUGGAGCCAUCAAUCUGUCCCUGUUCACCCUCAGUAAAGUGGUGGAUGCUUUGAACGCAGGGGCCGGGGGCCGUGUGCCCUACAGAGACAGUAAACUCACCCGUCUGCUGCAGGACUCUCUGGGAGGCUCAGCGCAUUCAGUCAUGAUCACGAACAUUGCGCCGGAGUACAGCUACUACUUUGACACCUUUUCCGCCCUCAACUUUGCUGCCAAGUCAAAGCAGAUUGUGAAUCGGCCCUUUAUCAGGGAAACUGUGGUGGUCCCUGUUUUUGCUCCUAGCAAGAGAGCCAGAGAGGAGCAGGAGGCCGGAGGUUCUGGUGAGCCCCAGAUCAAGAGGUCAAAGCAGGGGAAGAAAGCUGAGCAGCCCCCAUCACCACCCACACAACCACACAGUUCACCAGAUUCUUCAGUUCUGGACAGACUGCUGGCACUAGAGAAGAUGAUGAUGGGCUCUGCAGAGAGAGAGCGACUCAACCUGCUCAAAACGGUGGCCCAGUCCCGCAAAGAGAUUCAGAUGUUGAAAGAGAAACAGAAGGAGUUGGAGGACAAGGCAAACAUGUUUAAAAAGCAGAAUGGAGUGACAGAGUCCAGAGAAGGUCUUCUAUUUAAGACAGAUCUUCCCCCUCUGCACAGAAAACAAUCUACAGCGGCCAAACCACGCAAACAGCAGGCAGUUGUUACACCACUACAGGUCUCUCAGGUGCAGCCCUUGCUGCAGUCUGUUUUGGUGUGUAAACCCUCACAAACUCUGGAAAAGAAGAAACGUGUCAAAGCUGAGAUUUGUGAGGGAAAGGAGAACAGAGAUGUGGACCCCUCCUCUGCUGAAGAUGUGAACUGGGAGUCCCAUCUGGACUCUGCGUUACUGGAGCAGUCCAGGAAGAAAAUCCUGCAGACGCUGAACUCUGGCUCCCUGAAAGAACUUAAGAGCCUGCAGCUUAUAGGAGACAAGAAGGCCAAGCUGAUCAUGGGCUGGAGAGAAAUCCAUGGGGACUUCACACAGGUGGAGGACCUGAAGAAAAUUGAAGGCAUUACAGUUAAACGUUUCUCUUCCUUCAUAAAGGCCAAUAUUCUCAGCAGUAUGGGAAAGUGAGGUGUGUGGAGGGGCAGUUUCAGAAGAGAAGACCUUGUAUACUUGUGCUUUAUUUAAUUUUUUUAGUUCUUGUUUUACUCAUUUUAAUUUGUAAAGGUGUUGUACAUUUUUCCCCCCCUUAGCUCCUGUGUAUACUUUGCUGUAUACUCUGCAUACUUGAAAUAUUUCCCUUUUUAUAUGAAUUUUUUUUUCCCCCAAAUGAUUUUUUAUUUUUUAUUUUUUUUAUGUGGCACCAAAUAAAUGCCAUCACAUAACUAUGAUCAGUUUUAUUUCACCUGACUUAUGAGUGCAAUUCAUGCAUAUUAAAUGUGUUAUUUUAUUUAACUAAUGUUUUCUUUGCUAAACUACAUUUGUGAUUUAAAAGCCUUGUUUGUCUUCGGGGUGCAGCAUCCACAUUCACACACCUUAUUACAUUAGUGUCAUUUGAUGUUUAAAUUAACAUCUCAUUUUGCACAGUCCACAAAAACAGACUUUUUUUUUUUUACUCCAAAAAUGGGUAAAAUUUUGUAUGAAAAUUACAUUAGUGAUUGAGAUUCGCAAAAUUCUCACUGAAAUGUGCCGCUCAAAUUGUUCAAGGAAUAAUUCACCCGAAAUUAAAUUGUCAAUUUAAUUGUCAAAGUGAGCAUGCAUGCCACUGUGCGAGCUUUGCUCAUGAACGCACAACAGACAUCAAGAUUUUCACUUGAUUUGUGUUCACUUUCACAAGAUUUGUUUCUCACCAAAACAAAUAAUCACCUUCAGAAGACUUGGAAUAUGACGCAUAUACUAGUUUUAUAAUUGGGGCCCUUUUUUUAAGCAUUUAAAAUGAGCCACUACCCACUGCCAUUUUAUUGUAGACGGCCAAACAUAUUCAAUGAAACAUCUCUUUUUGUUUUCCACAUAAACAAGGAAGUCAGGAAUGUCAUAAGGGUAAAUUGUCCGUUUUUUAUUUUUGGGUGAACUACAAUAUUCCUUUUGUUCUGAAUCUCAGGAUGAUCUUAAAAGUCUUUAGGACUGGCAAAGACGUUUUAAUUCUUAAAGACUGGAUGUCUUUUAAAGUACACUGAAAUCUUCAAACUCUAUUUCAUGAUUUUGUUUAAAUUCUUAUGACUAGAUAAAAUUAGAAUAAUUACACAAUGUUUGGCAUUUUUGUUGUCAUUGUUCAUUGCUGUAUUUACAAGCCAGAUGUCUUGACACCAAGGGCUGAAUCAAAUGUACUGGGCAGAAACAUGACACACUUAUGGCUCAUGGUUCUCGUUCUUACUGCACUUGACAAUUUGCAAAGGGCCACAUGAAAUAUGUCCUUGGGGGAAAAAGUCACCCAGUGUUUGCAUUUUGAACAGCAAACAAAUGGAAACUGUUCUUGGUGAGUGCAUACGUCUGCACAUUGCUGCCUACAGCAGCUGAGAGCCUGCAGUCAACACUGCUUAUUUAUUACUCAUUGAGAGGCAAUCCUGUAGCCAACUUGACAUCACUGCGGCAGGCCAGAUUGCCAGAACACAUAGCUGCAUGACAUAAAUUAAGACCAUUGUGAAAAUUGACUCAUUUUUAAUUGUUAGGCUGUUUGUGGUAAUGUUUUUAACCUUCUUUAAAAAGAGGAGAAACUAACCAAUUAUUUAGACUACCUACCCCAGAUGACUGCAUUUGCAAACACUUAGAUAUAUGGGGGCCACAUAAUACAAUCAAUUGCUUUAUGCUAAUGCUUUAAGUAAAAUAUUUAAUAAAUCGAAUUAAUGAAUUGUAGAUUUGGGUUACGCUUUACAUGGCAAUGCCUAGGAUACUGUUUUGCGGAUGGCCUCAGAGACUAUUGUUCUGGUUUUGUGGGAACCAAGAAGUAAUCAUGUAUACAAAAACAAUGGUUAUUAUAAAAUAGCUCCAAGGUGUACAUUUACUGAGAGCAGAAUAAAACCAAAGUCAUUAAAAAUACUUCAGAUUGCAAUGAGCAAAGGCACACUCUUUGAUGCAGUGGUUGGUCUGAAGUAUUUAUUUGCUCAACAAAAAAGAAAUCUUGCUAUACUGAAGGUAUUUGCUUAUGACAAAUUUUGCCCCAUCACUAUUGUCCGUAUAUUUAUUUAUUUAUUUUUUUAUUUUUUAUUUUUUUCUCAUCCUUUUUACCCUGAUGUCUGCACAGCAUAGUUAAGAUACAUGUCAAUAUUUUGGUGCCUUGUUUGUAUUAUUUGAAUUUUUGCUAUAUAUAUAUAUAUAUAUAUAUAUAUAUAUAUAUAUAUAUAUAUAUAUAUAUAUAUAUAUAUAUAUAUAUAUAUUUGACUGUAUAAUAACACUAUAACUUGAGGUACAAGAUCCCCAUCACCGCAUUUAUUUUUUACAUGAUUAUUAAAUGUUAAAUAUUAAUUAAAAGCCUUUUACCAUCAUUUCUUUAAAAAAAAAAAAAGCAUUAUUUGGUCACACUUUUGAAAAGGAUCUAUUUGUUAACAUUUGUAAAUGCAAAAGGUAUCAUGAACAAACAAUGAACACUAUUUCUAACAGCAUUUAUUAUUCCUGGUUAAUGUUAAUUUAUAAAAAUGCAAUUGUUCUUUGUUGUUCAUGUUAGUUCAUAUUGCAUUAACUUUUGACACAUACAGGUCAUUGACGAUAAGGUUGUCCAAGAAGGUAAAAGUGAGAUUUCAUUCAAAAUCUAGUUUAAAAAAUGCGUCAGUUUUGUUGAAAUUUAAUCUUCAUGUCCAUAUUGGUUUGAUACAUUUUUGGAAAACAUUUAUAUCAUUUUCUACAAACAAAAAUGUAAGUAGUGUAAUCAUGAAGUAAAAUACUUUGCUUGAAUACACAUGAGUGUAUACAACUUAAUAAUAAAAAUAAAAAAGAUUUUCAUGGUAAAAAAAAAUUUCCGCAAACAUCAUGCAUUUUGAGUCACAAAUAUCAAUACGUUUUCUUAUGGUUACUCCAUUUGACUGGAACAAAAAGUGCCUUUUCAUACAUAUUUCAAAAUAUCUGAUAUUUUGUUAAAACUUUUGUUUUAAUGUUUUUCUUGUCACAUGCUACCUGCACCACAUGACUUUGAUUUGGUUGACAAACAUUUUUCAAAUUGCGAUUAUUGCUUUAUUUUUUUAAUUAAUA